GUCUCGCGAGAGUUUCUUCUUGACACAGCCGUUAGCUGUGGUUAGCUGUAGCCUUACUACAUCUUCAACCCCGUUAUUUUUUAGCCUGUUUACAUCUAGUCUCCAUUAAAAGUAUGCCGAAUAGUCUAUUAGCAGCUCCUGUUUGCAGUGUACUCAUGGAUGUACAGACAACUACCACUGGAUUACUGUGAUACCGAAGAAAACUUAAAAACACGACGAUUCUCAGGCUAGUUCUGCAGCGUCUCUCUUCCUCUGAUUUCGGGGCGAAUUCGUGGACGUUUACUCAAGAUAAAGAUAUCCUCAGAAAGUCCCUGGUCUGACAACAUGAAGCGCUGCCUCGGAUUAUUCCUGCUGGUUUGUUGUGGGAUGCUUCAUCUGGGUUCUGCACUUCGCUGUUACAAGUGCUCUGAUUACACCGGACGCUGUCAGAAUGUGCAAGAGUGCACGUAUGAAGACUCCUGUAUAUCUCUGAGUGAGAGAGGUGGGAAGACCAUUCGUCAGUGUAUCAGGUACACCGACUGUGACAACUCUCGUCUCAGCCAGAUGUUCCCGGCGAUCUCCGGCUUCACCUACCGCUGCUGUAGUAGCAACCUGUGCAACUCUGGCAUCACUAACGCGGCCCCGCCGGUCCUGACUCUGGUUCUGGCUGUGGCGGGAUCCCUGCUGAGUGUUUGGUGGUUCUGGGUCUAAAAUAUCGGUUUAGUGUUUCAGGAUUUAAUGACUGUAAAGUUAACAUGAAUUAAACUGAGUGUUUGUGUUUAGUCUCCUGUGGCUCGUACAGGUUCUCAGGUCAAUAAGGAAUGACUUUUUCAUUUUAUACUUUUCCCAGUUUAACAAUAAAUACAAGAAGAAAUAAA